CGCAGGCAUAACGUCAGAGGAAAGCGACGCCGCAGCACUUCAAAGAGGGCGGAAGAAGCCGUGGAGAUGCCUCCGAAAGGGAAAAGCGGCGGCAAAGGGGGAAAGGGUAAGGGAUGGGGGGCGCUGAAUGGGGGUGAGAUGUGGUGAAUGGGAUGAAUUCCAGCUGCAACCAGAGAACCCAGGAGUCCUAGUUUCCUUCUCCCCAGCCAGGUGCUGACAACAGGGACACCAGGAAUCCUGAUUUGUCUUCCCUGCCUUAUUCUCCCAGAAGGGACAGUACAGCCUAAGAGUCUCUGCUCCCCCCCCCCCCCAGUUCUCUGGAAGGGGAUGCCUAACCCUGCACAUCUUAAACCGGCCUGAAGCAGAUUUAUGCACCAGGAUGACGUGCAGAGAUCUCCGAGACAUGUGGUUUCCACACGUGCCUGGGAUGCCCAAAUAGGUUUCCAGCCCCUUGUCUCACGAAGAGACCGGUUUGUGGUACAGCAUAUCCCAGAUCAAGGAUAUAUAAUCCUGUGGCCCUCUAGAUGUUCCCAACUCCCAUCGGCCCCAGUCAGUCAGCAGGGUCAGUAAUGGUGUCCAUUGUACUGUGUUUGGAGAAGCAUGAGCCCUCCUCCCCAGCUGCAGAUGGUACAGAACAGCGGUUCGGAUACACAAAGUCACAACAAAGUGAGGGGAUUCUUUUUAUCAGGACCAACCAGUGUUACAAAACAGGGAGCAAUUUUUCAUAUUCUCUCUGGUACAGUAUGCUUCUUCAGGCAGAAUGUCAAGCAAAAUAGGAAUGGGGAAAGAAAAAAGCUGUCAUUGUGAUUAAGUUCCCAAUGCUGUGGUUGUGGUGUUUCUGUGCACUUUCACAUCCUGCCUGGGUUCAAGCAGGGUGAGCAGCCUUUGCCUUAUAGCAGCUUACCUAAGUCUAGCAUGCUUCUGUGCUUCUGUCCACCUAAACAUUAGGAAUCCACCUAAACAUUAGGAAGAACUUCCUGACAGUAAGAGCUGUUCGACAGUGGAAUUUGCUGCCAAGGAGUGUGGUGGAGUCUCCUUCUUUGGAGGUCUUUAUGCAGAGGCUUGACAACCAUAUGUCAGGAGUGCUCUGAUGGUGUUUCCUGCUUGGCAGGGGGUUGGACUCGAUGGCCCUUGUGGUCUCUUCCAACUCUAUGAUUCUAUGAUUGCUGUGAGAUUGGCAACCUGGAGUUUGGCUCCACAGGGUUGCACACGGCCGAGCACAGGGUGUGGGCUUGGCACUAUGGAAGGAAGGUGUCAUAGCGCACCCAGAGUGUCUCACCGUUGCCUCUGACCUUGUGUGUUUUCAUAGGUGGAGCAUCCUCUGGCAGUGAUGCUGCAGAUAAGAAAGCCCAGGGCCCUAAAGGAGGUGGCAGCAGUGUGAAGGUGGGUGUUUUGUGUCAUUUCACCUUGGAUGGUGUUCCUGGGGUGCAAUUUUAGACAAGAAAGAGACAAGAAUGUAUGUACAGUGUAAUUCAGCUAAAGCGGGGAAGGUGGUUUGCUUCCUGAUCUCUAGCCGCUCAACACAGCUGGCUUGACAUCAGUCUGCACAAGGAGGGUGGGGGUUCUGUGCCCCUCCAGAUGUUGCUGGACUACUGCUGGCUGAUGGGAGUUGGAGUUCAACACCUCUCCCCUACACUAAUGACUCAAUGCUAUGGGAUGCACAACUACGUUUCCGAGCACAAUUCAAAGUGUUGGUGUUGACCUUUAAAGCCCUAAACAGCCUUGGCCCAGUAUACCUGUCUCCACCCCCAUCGUUCUGCCUGGACGCUGAAGUCCAGCGCCAAGGGCCUUCUGGUUGUUCCCUCAUUGCAAGAAGCAAAGCUCCAGGGAACCAGGCAGAGGGCCUUCUCGGUAGUGGUGCCCAUCCUGUGGAAUGCCCUCCCAUCAGAUGUCAAAGAGAUAAACAACUACCUGAUAUUCAGAAGACCUCUGAAGGCAGCCCUGUUCAGGGAAGUUUUUAAUGUGUGACACCUUAGUGUAUCUUUGGUCUUUGUGGAAGCCGCCCAGAGUGGUUGGGGAGACCCAGCCAGAUGGGCAGGGUACAAAUAAUAAAUUAUUAUUAUAAAUUAUUAUAGUGAGAUGGGGUACUGUAAACCACAUUAAAUUACAGUCAAAUGCCAGAGCUGUCAUUGGUUGCAUUACCUCUUGAGGGAUAAUAAUAAUAAUAAUAAUAAUAAUAAUAAUACAUAAUUCAUAAUAAUUUAUUAUUUAUAUUCCGCCCAUCUGACUGGGUUGCCUCUUCAGCCAGAGUGGUGUAUGCUUGUCUAAUCUGCAUUCUGCUUUUUUUAAGGUGAGGCAUAUUCUAUGUGAGAAGCAUAGCAGAUGCCUGGAGGCAUUGGAAAAACUCAAGGCUGGGGUGCGCUUCAGUGAAGUAGCCUCUCAGUACAGCGAGGACAAAGCCAGACAAGGGGUAUGUGCCUUUUUCUGUUUUGUGCUGACAGACCACCUUGUUGCUGUGGUUGCCACCUUUCCUUUGCUGCCCUGAGGACUUGACAGAAAGAGGCAGCAAAGGUGCUAUAGUCUUGCUUUUGCUACUUCACUGCCUGUUCUGCUGUACGAUUUGGAAACACUCAGCUAAUUGAAAUCUGGAUUUAAAAGACUAGAGUGAAGCUUAGCUGCAGCAGAAACACAGAGGCGGAGCCAAAUGAAAUCUGUGUGUACAGCACUUUGCAGAAGUAAAAUGAGUUUUAAAAAAGACAGCUCUCUGGCCUCAAGAGCUUUCAGUGGAAAUCCCAACAGAAGAGGACACAGGAGGUGAGGAGGCUUGGAAAGGUGAGAGUAAAAGGGAACGAAGAACGAACUUAAGCAAAAUGUUGACGAUAUCUUAGCAACCUGACCUACAGGAAAAGCUUGUCAGGAGCACGUGCAGAAAGCAAGCAAGGUAUAGCAUAUUGGAGAGGGAACUGAGGUCCAGCUGUAAGGGCUUGUGCCCUUUAGAGUAAGGAAGGGCAGAAGAGAGGUUGGGUCUCCUGGUUGAUCACUGGAAGAUGUACAGGAGACUGGUGAGGGCUUCUCACUCUCACUUCUGUUAUAGCAGCCACUUCAACAACUUCCUUCCUCCCUUUCUAAAUUAGACUGUUAGAAUCUCUGAUGUGUAGUAACUCAGAUGUGGAUUUAUAUGUGUACAAAAAGGUCAGCACAAUGUGGGGGUUCAUGGGGAGCAGUAGCCCCGUCCCCACAGCUACCCUGGCUCUGGUUGGUGGCCCUGAAGUUCUGCUAAAAACUAAAUGAACUGAAAUCUGCCCAACAGCCCUGCUAUAGGGCUUUAACAGUCUCCCAUUGAUCUUCUUUUCCAGGGAGAUCUGGGCUGGAUGAGCAGAGGCUCUAUGGUGGGGCCCUUCCAAGAUGCAGCCUUCGCCUUGCCUGUCAGCAGUAUGGACAAGCCCGUGUACACAGACCCUCCUGUGAAAACCAAGUUUGGCUAUCACAUCAUAAUGGUUGAAGGCCGUAAAUAAAAAAAAUGUUUCUCUGUGAUGCUA